AGGCGCAGCACCCCUGUGGUAGUUGUAGUCGGACCGCCAACGUCGUAUCCUUCCCCAAAUCGAAGUUUAUCCUCCUCUCAUCGAAAGAUCGGGAACCCCCGUUGCUACAUCAAGUGGUAUUAGAGCUCAAGUUGCUCGGUGAGAGAUUUUAUCACUUCUUUGUUUUUACCUACAGCCCAAAAGAAAAACCACUAAAAUAGGUCAGACCCGAAAUCACCAAAACAUGUUGAGCCUUUGCUGUUCUACUUAGUCUUUGCUUGCUGAGUUUUCGAUUGCAUCGAUUGGUUGAGUUGCUGGUUCUAGUAGUUUACUCCUUUAGAGUUUCGAGUUCUGCUCACGAUUUCGUCACCGCAAACACUUGCACCAUCACUUCAUUUAUCUUCAUCCCGCUGCCACCAUCACCACCAUAUUCACCACGAAAUCCACCUCCAACCCCACCAAAUUUCGUCCACCACAACCAGCAGCACCCUCAUCACCACAUCAGCCACCCCCAAAUGCAUUUAUUGCUGCCUUCACCAACAGCCAACCCUUUUGCAACUUUUUGAAGUGAAUCAGCCCUUCCCAAGAAAGCAUUUAAGUGCUCUCACUUUUGACUUGUUGGCUGAAUCAUGUAACUAGCCAACCAACCCAUCAUUACUUCUUGUUUUGAUUUGUUGGCUGAAGCUUGUGAAAUUUCGAAAAUGUUUGAGAAAAGGUUAUUUUGCUAAGGCUUGUUUUGACUUGUUGGCUGAAGCUUUGAGCUUGCUGUACAAAAAAAAAAAGAAAGAAAACAAAAAAAAAGAAAGAAAAAAAAAUCAGAAGUGAAGAGAAGAAAAAAAAAGGAAGGGAAGAGAGGAAGUUGUUGUUGUUGCUGUUUUGUUUGUGUUAUUUUCGUGCUAUUUUGAGUGGCUACGCUUGUGACUAGGCUCGCGUCUCUAAAGGGUUUUGCCUAGGACCAGCACAAUACCAUCGUUGAAUGAUUAUUCAACUUGCUUUGAUUAAUGUGGUUCUAGCUGUACCUUGAUAUUACUUGUAGCCACCUAUAGCUCCACAAAUUUUUAUCUACUAUAUCACAAGAUCGUGCUUGUUGUCGGCUCCGGUACUACUAACCGUUGUUGCUGUUCUUGCUGUUUGCCAACGCCUUUUACAUAACAAAGUAAGAACAUGUAAGAACUCGUUUGCACAAGUUUGGUAGAAGUGGAGAUGGACAACACCUAGCUCCAAUAGUUGAUAGGACAUAUUUCUUGUGAAUUGUUUCUUCCCAUUAACCAUGACAGGAGGAUCGGGGGAGCACCCUCAACAUUCACCACGUACGAGGGGCAUCAUACAACAUUUUGAGCGCCAAGUGAGGGAGCAUGCUGAAGGCCUUGAUGAGGAUGUUAGGGUCGCCAAUGAUCGCCUUGGUCAAUUGGAGGCUGCUCAAAUUGACACCAACUCCAAGCUUUCCUCAUUGGAGAGGUCCCUUGUGGCUGUGAACACUUCUCUUGCAGGUAUCUUGAAUACGUUGGAGAGAAUGGGCCAAGAUGGUCAUGAUGGAUCGGCUAGGCGCAACCACAAUGGCCAUGAUGCUAAUAGCAGCAUCGCAGCAAGGGAAGAACUGGAGUACGCUGCUGACACUGAGCAUGAUGAGGAGGUACUUGGUCGUCCACAAAGACAACAGUGCCGGCAGCGCCAUGGCAUGGGCGCUCCACCACGGCGGGAGGUACGUGAUAAUGAUGAUUCUUUAGGCAAGAUCAAGUUUACCAUUCCUUGCUUUGAUGGAAAAUAUGACCCUGAUGCAUAUCUUACUUGGGAGUUAGCCAUUGAUCAGAAAUUUGCUUGCCAUGAUUUUCCUGAGAAUAAACGUGUUAGGGCUGCUACUAGUGAGUUCACUGAUUUUGCAUCCAUUUGGUGGAGUGAAUUUGUUCGUUCCAAUCCAAAUAACACUCCCCAAACCUGGGAUGCAAUGAAAAGAGUCAUGCGAGCUAGAUUUGUUCCUUCAUAUCAUGCACGUGAUUUGCUGCACAAAUUGCAACAACUUAGACAGGGAAACAAAUCUGUAGAGGAAUAUUAUCAAGCUUUGCAAACAGGAAUGCUUCGUUGUGGAUUGGUAGAAAAUGAUGAUGCUGGUAUGGCUAGAUUCAUGGGUGGGCUGAACCGAGAAAUUCUGGACAUUCUAGCCUACAAAGAAUAUAAUUCAAUUAAUCGUUUGUUUCAUCUUGCUUGUAAAGCUGAAAGGGAAGUACAGGGACGAAGAGCUAGCUUCAAGACUAACAUUUCUGCAGGUUGUGCUAGCUCUUGGACAUCUUCUGAUGUGACCAUGGCUACUAUGGAUACGACCAUUGCUCACAUCAUGAAUCAACAAGAAGACAUCAAGAUCAAG